AAUUUCUGCUCCAGCUGACGCGGACGCCAUCUUUGUCGCGAACAUAAACAACACAGGGGGAGUCGCGUUGGCGUCUGACCGUACCGCUGUAGGUUUUCCACGGAAUAAGAGCAAAUCCCACCGCGGAGCUGAUCUUUUCCGCAGAAGAUGUCAGCCGCCCUGGUCACCUGAGACACUGACAGAUAUGGAGAUCCUCUGCGGAUUUCCUCACCGGGAGGGAGCGGAGGUGUAAAAGGGGGGCGGGAAGGGGCCCCCCGCGGCCCUGAGCAGAUGGACCAAGAGUAUGAGAGACGGUUGCUGAGGCAGAUCAACCACCAGAACCUGCCCACGGAGGGCCGUUUGACCAAGAGCUUAGGUGCUGCCUGCAGCCCUGCCAGCGUAAAAUCAGGGGACCGUUUCAUUCCCACCCGCGCCGGAAGCAACUGGAGCAUCAACUUCCACUAUGCCAACGAGAACUGCCGCUCUCCUGCUCAGAACCACAAAGCAAAGGAUGCCAGUUCAGACUCCAGCAAAGAUGCCGCAGCGUACGCCGCCCUGCUGAGGAACGAAUUGUUGGGCGCUAGGAUAGAGACUGUGGCAGAGCCUCACGCGGACGACCGGCGGCAUGACGUUCUAGCUCAAGACUCUUACAGCCUCUUUAGGUACACUGUCCACACAAAGAGAGUGCCUUGCGAUCGCAGUAAUGAAGUGUCCCCCUUCUCCCUCUCUCCGCUCAGCAACAAGAGUCACAAGCUGCUCCGUUCGCCUCGCAAGCCAGCGCGAAAGAUCUCCAAGAUCCCCUUCAAAGUGCUGGAUGCUCCGGAGCUGCAGGACGACUUCUACCUCAAUCUGGUGGACUGGUCGGCGGGAAACCUGCUGAGCGUGGGGCUGGGAGCCUGCGUCUACCUGUGGAGUGCCUGCACCAGCCAGGUGACGAGGUUAUGCGACCUCUCGGUGGAUGGGGACUCCGUCACAUCUGUUUGUUGGAAUGAAAGGGGAAGCCUGGUGGCUGUUGGGACCCACAAGGGUUACGUUCAGAUCUGGGACGCAGCUGGAGGAAGGAAGCUGACCUGUCUGGAGGGCCAUUCAGCCCGAGUAGGCGCGCUGGCGUGGAACGGGGAGCAGCUCUCGUCUGGUAGUCGGGACAGAGUCAUCCUACAGCGGGACGUCCGAACGCCGCCCUCUGCUGAACGGAGGCUGCAGGGUCACAGGCAAGAAGUCUGUGGCCUUAAAUGGUCUCCGGACCACCAGCACCUGGCUUCUGGAGGCAACGACAACAAGUUACUGGUGUGGAACAGCUCCAGCCUUGUCCCUGUGCAGCAGUACAGCGACCACCUGGCAGCGGUGAAGGCUAUCGCCUGGUCACCUCACCAACACGGGCUCCUGGCCUCAGGUGGCGGCACAGCUGACCGCUGCUUGCGGUUCUGGAACACUCUGACGGGUCAGGCGCUGCAGAGCACAGACACCGGGUCGCAGGUCUGCAACCUGGCUUGGUCCAAACAUGCCAACGAACUGGUUAGCACCCAUGGUUACUCUCAGAACCAGAUCCUGGUGUGGAAGUAUCCGUCUCUAACACAGGUGGCCAAGCUGACAGGACACUCCUACAGAGUCUUAUAUCUGGCUGUGUCUCCAGACGGAGAAGCCAUCGUUACAGGAGCCGGGGACGAGACGCUUCGUUUCUGGAACGUCUUCAGUAAAACACGAUGCACAAAGGUACGGCAAAAUGGUCGCCCAGUCCAGUUCAUUUCAUUCCUAGUGACCGAUGUUCCCUUUGCGCAUGUGCAUUCCUGUAAUUAUUAGGGGUGUAAAUAAUAAUCGUUUUGUAUCGAUGCAUC